UGAUUGAAUUUAUUAGUGCUUGUGUACUCCCUCCUUCCUCAACCACCACCCUCUCCACGGUUGCCCCCUCUAGUACCACCACUCUGCCACCAACACUCCACCGCCACCAGCACUACCACGUACAAUCACCACUCCACCGUUGCUACUACUAUUGCUGCAACCACCACUAUCCCACCACCGCUAUAACCAUCACCCCCACUCCUCUGAUGCUGCCACUUCCACCACCGCCAUCACCACUGCCAUAAAAACCACGAACACAUCAUCACUACCAGCACCAACAUCACCUUAAUACAACUACUAUACUUCAUCACUACCAGCAAAUGGAUCUGUUUUCUAAUCGCGCGGGCCCAGUAAUCAGGCCCCAGGGUCAUGUUUGUGGAUUUGACCCAAAAUGAAAGCCCAAAACAAAAGUAGUAGUAGCAUGUUUGGUUGUGUAGAUAAUAAAUUGAGAAUGGACCAAGCCAGGGUUAUCUAAUUCUAGUUUUCCCAAACCGACCUCUCACCGCGCACACCUCAACACUUGUUUCCAAACAUCCCCCAUCCCCUCAAGAGUUACUACUAAUACGUCCCCAACUGUAGAAACCCUAGCCCACGAAGAAACUCAAACUGAUAAAUUUGCAAUUACAUAUACGAUUCAUUCAUAUAUAUUCUAGCUAUAAAAUUGUCUCCACCUUCUGCACGAUCCAAGUCCUUUGGAAUUAGGGUUUGGAAUUUUCACCAGCAAUGGAGGAGAUUACGGAGGGAGUGAACAGCAUGAACAUCGUCGUCGAGGGGAAGGCCAAGAAUCGCAUUCAAGUCUCCAACACCAAGAAACCCCUCUUCUUCUACGUCAAUCUCGCCAAGAGAUACAUGCAGCAGUACAAUGAGGUGGAGCUUUCAGCUCUUGGAAUGGCAAUUUCCACAGUUGUCAGCAUUGCAGAGAUUCUGAAAAACAAUGGGUUUGCUGUUGAGAAGAAGAUUAUGACAUCUACCGUGGACAUGAAAGAUGAAAACCGUGGAAGACCUGUCCAAAAAGCCAAGAUUGAGAUUUUACUCGGGAAAACUGCAAAAUUUGACGAGUUGAUGGCUGCUCAAGCAGAGGAGAGGGACAAUGGAGAUGGUGAGGGGCAGAGCUAAAUUAUGUAAUGUUUCACUUUUGACAUCCAUUAGUCAUAUCUACGGAUGGUAGUCAGUUCCCUUAUUAAUGAUUUGUCUUAAUUUGUAGUCCUUCGAGUGGCAAUAAGACAGUUUUUACUUGCUUGCCGCCUUUGUUUGCUUUAGAAUUCCUAUGUAGAGACAUGAUCAUCUUCUUCAUUAACUAGUCUCGGCACUUUGUUUA